AUGGGAGGUGUGGCAUUGGACGUGGGUGCAGGAGGGGUGAAGGCUCCAGAUGGAGGGUGGGGCUGGGCAGUGCUUGCAGGCUGUUUUGUCAUCACUGGCUUCUCCUACGCAUUCCCUAAAGCAGUCAGCGUCUUUUUCAAAGAGCUGAUCAGGGAGUUCGGAGUGGGAUACAGCGACACUGCCUGGAUCUCCUCUAUACUGCUGGCCAUGCUCUACGGCACAGGACCUCUGUGCAGCGUGCUGGUUAACCGCUUCGGAUGUCGUCCGGUGAUGAUGGUGGGCGGCCUCUUUGCCUCUCUGGGAAUGAUCCUGGCCUCCUUCUCCACCAGCAUCAUCCAUAUCUACCUCUCUGCAGGAGUUGUUACAGGUUUGGGGUUAGCCCUGAACUUCCAACCAUCUCUAAUUAUGCUCAACCGCUACUUCAGCGAGAAGCGUCCUCUGGCCAAUGGGCUGUCAGCAGCAGGAAGCCCUGUGGCCCUGUGCUGUCUGUCACCACUGGGCCAGGUCCUCCAGUACCAGUACGGAUGGAGAGGGGGCUUCCUGAUCUUGGGUGGCAUUCUACUCAACUGUUGCGUGUGUGCGGCCCUCAUGAAGCCUCUGGUGGCCCCCAAGACACAUAAGGCUGCGGACCUGGAGCAGGACAGAGAGGAAGGAACAGAUGGGGCAGAGACGAAGAAGAAGCCCAAAGCCAAACUGUUGGACUUCUCUGUUUUUAAAGACUGUGGGUUUCUCAUCUACACGGUGGCGGCGUCCAUCAUGGUCCUGGGGCUGUUUGUGCCUCCCGUGUUUGUUGUGAGCUAUGCCAAGGAACUUGGGAAUGAGGACACCAAAUCAGCUCUGCUGCUCACCAUCCUGGGCUUCAUUGACAUUUUUGCACGGCCCACGUGCGGUUUGAUCGCCGGACUGAAAUGGGUUCGGCCUCGCUGUGUCUACCUCUUCAGCUUUGCUUUGAUCUUCAACGGAACCACUGACCUCAUCGGAUCACAGGCCAAGGACUAUGCAUCGCUAGUGGUCUUCUGCAUCUUCUUUGGUAUCUCCUAUGGUAUGGUGGGUGCGCUGCAGUUCGAGGUUCUCAUGACAAUAGUUGGUACUGAGAAGUUCUCCAGUGCCAUUGGCCUGGUCCUGCUCAUGGAGGCCAUUUGUGUGCUGGUGGGGCCUCCUGGUGCAGGCCGACUUCUUGACGCCACCAAGAACUACAUGUUUGUCUUCCUGCUGGCAGGAAGUGAGGUGGUCCUCUCAGCUGUGGUCCUGGCCACUUGUAACUUCCUGUUUAUCAGAACGAAAUCAUCAACACCGGCAGACAAACUUGAAAAUAUCACCGUGACCGACGAGGCCAAGACCGACGUGGUCAUAAAGCCUGCAGAGGCGCAUGACGAGGAGGAGAAAGGAGCGAGGGAGGAGCAAGAGAGGGAGAAGGAGGUGAUGGAGAAUUUAAAGGAGGAGAGGGUGACAGACAAAGAGAAAGCAGAGGAGGUCAAGCUAGAGAGUUUAACAGUGGACUCACAGGAAGUGGAGCGGUUCUUGAAAGAGCCACAACAAAAUGGUGCCAUGGCCACCAGUCCUGAAACAUGCCUGUGAGCAGGGUGGAGAGCGCUGGAUGAGAUUUUACCUGCCGCCAAUAUUCAAUCCUUUUUUUCUCUCUUUUUUUUUCCAAAUAACCCUAGGGCAGGAUGAAGUGUACUUCAGAGUGUUCUGAUGAGCACCCCACUGGCUUGUUGUGUCCACCUCAUUCAGUGUUUAAUGCAGGUUUUUUGUGUGUAUCCUUUGCGGGGGCUUUGGUGGGAGGGAUGAUAGGUGUCACUGCCGUACGAAAUAAUAGCAAUGUUUUGUCACUGGGUGUUUUAAAAUGUGGUGGUUCAUAGUAUCUAAUGGAAGAACUCAGUUACUCCACACUGCCUUGUCUAUAGAGUUUAUAACAGAGUUCAAAAGCUUUAUUUUGAUGUAGUCACCAGCAAAUAAAGGUAAAGGGCGAUUGUGAUGGUAUUCCAUAUUCUUAGUGUCAACAAAUCCCAUGAAAACAUCAUGAGUACAAACUUCUUUGAAUCAUCUAGUGCAAUAAAUGUGUUGUUCCUGUCAAAUAAAUGCUAAAAAAAAUCAUAUAAACCAACAAUCACUUUAUUUCACUAAAGGCCUGGUCGCCAGUUAAAGGAGCAGUUCACCUAGAAGACAGAGGUGGCUAUGUUAUGGUAGGCAAACUCAGUUUCAUCAUAACAAUAGUUUGUAUAUUUCCCAGUCUCUGAUUUCCCUUUAGAAUGAUGAAUACGGACUAUCACCAGCUGGUGGUAUGGAGGGUUAUUUCCUCUCAUGCACGUCCAAGCUUGUUGACCAUCGACUGCAGUCUUUGUGUGUUCUAGCGCAGCUUUUUGGCUGAGAAACAGGAGACGUGAUAUAUCACACUGCAUCUUACUCUUUGGUGCCACAGAGCUCUGUCCCGCUGCACGAAAUACUGUAGCAUCAAACGUGUAUUCAUCCAUAGCUGAAAAUAGUCCCCCAACUUAUGCAUUACUUCCUUCCGUUUGAGAAGGAUGGACUAACACAUUGCAAGUCUUCUCAUUGGAUUUGUUGGCAGUAAAUAGAUAUUACAGUCAGGCCAGCCUUCUCCUUUAAAAACAAAAAGGCUGCUUUUUUUUUCUUACAGCGUGUGAUGAAGCGUCAAAGAGCUCAACUGUGAGAGGAGGAAAAUGAGCUUGCUAAAAUUGGUCAACGUUUGCUGUUAAACAGCACGAAAGGCUCGUUCCCCCCCCCCCGACCACCUGCUGUCACCACAGUCUGUGUAUCCUCUCUUAUGGUCCGUGUCACAGGUGAGGCAGGUUAGAUGUUGAAGUGAGAAGCGCUCUGUGUCGUAUCAGUAUUAAACGGUUGCUACAUGCAUGGGCUGUUGAUGUUGCAGUUGCUUGAGGAUUGCUCCUGGUCUCGUGGUAGCGGUGUGAUUCCCAUCUUGGAUCGUAAGCAGGGCCCCAAAAAAAAUCCCCGCGUCCUUUGUUCUGCUCUUCAUCACUGUGUUCCAUGAGAUAUUUACAGGCUUUGAGAUCCACCUUCACUCGACAGGCCUGUGCCUUUGAAGAGCACUGACAUGUUUGCCUGUGACCACAGUUUCCUGUUGACAUCAAGCUUAUGUGAGUUAAGAAUUCGCUCCCCCCCCCAGAUAAGCAUGAAGUUCACAUUGUGGUCUGAGAGUUGCUCACGAUAAAAGAUGAUGUAGUGGAGAGGCAGACCACAGCACUUUGAGGAUCCCUCACUGAACUGACUUUUAAGAUGACUCUCAUGUGGCCUUCAUGCUUUGUAUUAUAUGUACUGUUUUUGUGUGCGUGUGUGUCAGUGAACGGGAAUAUUAAAGGCAAAUGUAGUUGA